GGUGUCACGACUCAAGGAAGAAUGCCAGUUGCGGUGCGUGCAUGCGCGCAUUUCCAUAUUUCCACGAGGCAACGGCGGCUACGGCUACGGCACACCGCACUGAGCGCUUGCGGGAGGGCGGUUGCCGCAUGAAGCAGACGUCAACCAGCCCGUUGGUCCCUGCCUUUCAUCAUCUGCUGCUUCCCCCCCUUCACGGCGGCGGAAGAGAGGCAUUUCAUUACUUUCGUACCCCAACUUAGCAAGUGAACGAGAGCGGCCUCCAGACACCAUCCCCCACGCCGGCCAUGGCCACCGACAACUCAUCGGUCGAGGCUGGCACGCCCACGGAGGCCACGCCGCUGCUCGUGGCCGUCCCACGCCACCAGCAUCCCUCUCCUCGACGACCGAGUCGGCCCGCGCUGCUCUCCCGCGCCUCCAAGGACGAGACGACGGCGGCCGCGUAUGCCGGCGAUGGGUUGCCCUACAACGACUACACCGCGAUCGACUGGCUGCACGACCUGGUCAAGGACAGCGUGCGGCGCAGCGAGGUCGAGUCGCGCUUCCGAGGCGGGAUUAGAGGCCGCGUCGCCGCGUGGUGGGAUCUCACGCAGGGCUGGGUCGCUGCCUUUGCCGUGGGCAUCCUGACGGCCUGUGUCGCCUUUGCCGUCGACGUCAGCGUCGAGACGGUUGCCGACUGGAAGGAGGGCCGCUGCGCCGAAAGCAUAUGGCUGAACCGCCGCGCGUGCUGUGCCAUUGACGACGGACAGUGCAAUCGGUGGUUGCCCUGGGCGAGCGGUUUCGGCUCCGCAUAUGCCGUGUACGUGGCGUCGGCGCUGCUCUUUGGCGUCAUCGCCGCCGGAUUGACCAUGACGACAAAGAUGAAUCUUCCAGCGGUGGGCAUCGCGGCCGACGGAGACGAGGCCGAGGAUGUUGUAGAAUCACCCAAGGGCAAGGUCAUGUACAUGGCUGCUGGCAGCGGCAUCCCCGAGAUCAAGACCAUCCUGUCCGGCUUCGUCAUCCCGCACUUCCUCGACCUCAAGGUCCUUGUCGUCAAGGCCGUCGGUGCCACCUUUGCCGUGGCCACGGGCAUGUGUCUGGGCAAGGAAGGCCCGUUCGUGCAUAUUUCGACCUGCGUGGGAUACCUCGUGGCCAAGUGCGUCCCCAAGUACGCCACAAACGAACGCAAAAUGCGCGAGGCACUCAGCGUCGCCUGCUCCGCGGGCUUGUCCGUUGCCUUUGGCGCGCCCAUUGGCGGCGUGCUCUUCAGCUACGAGGAAAUCAGCACCUAUUUCCCGCGCCGCGUCCUCUGGCGGUCUUUCCUCUGCUCCCUAGUUGCCGCCGCUGCGCUGAAGGAGCUCAAUCCUACGGGCACCGGCAAGCUCGUCCUCUUUGAGACCAACUACGGCGUCGAUUACGACUUUUUCCACUACGUUGUCUUCAUCUUUCUCGGCGUCUGUGGCGGCGUGUUUGGCGGCAUCUUUUGUCACGCCAACUUUAUGUGGUCGAAGUCGUUUCGCAAGAUUUCCAUCAUCAAGAACAGCCCCGUCUUUGAGGUGUUUCUGGUCGUUUUGGCCACGGCACUGCUUCAGUUCCCGAAUCGCCUGAUUCGCGACACGGGAGACAUCACCAUGGAGCGGCUUCUGGUCGACUGCAAUAACGUUGAGGAGGACUGGAUCUGCGAGCAGGAGGCCCUUGAGGAGAGGGGCACGUAUUAUGCGUGGCUCAUUUCAGGCACGCUGGUCAAGCUUGUCCUGACCACAAUCACGUUUGGCUGCAAGGUGCCGUCAGGGAUCAUCAUCCCCUCGCUGGACGCCGGAGCGCUUUUUGGACGCAUGGUUGGCCAGGCCGUGCCGGGCAUCUCGCCGGGCAUUUUCGCCAUGGUUGGGUCUGCCGCGUUCUUGGCCGGGGUCAGCAGGAUGACGGUCAGUCUCGCCGUCAUCAUGUUCGAGCUGACGGGGGAGGUCAACUUCAUUCCUCCGUUCAUGAUUGCCAUCCUCACCGCCAAGUGGGUUGCCGACUGCAUCUGCGCGGACGGUGUCUAUGACCUGUCACAACACCUGCAGGGCCACCCAUUCCUCGAAGCGGAGCGCGCCUUGAGCAAGAUCAGGAUGAUGAGGGACACGGACGGCACCGCCACGGUCGCGGCCCUCAUUCCUCCUUCAGAGACUAUGGAUGCCGUGACGGUCUUUACCGGCCCUAACUACCGUGUCGCACCGUCGGUUCUACGGGCCAAGCUGGCUAGCCUCCGCGCCCGCGGCCUUAUGGAUGCCGGUCUGGUCCUGGUCAACGAGCGCGGCAUCUGCCACGGAUACCUGCCCGAGGCGGACCUGGAGACGAUCUUGCGGGCGGUUGACGAAUCGGGCCAAGAGGUCGAGCUGGAUCUCUUGGGCGGCAUGCUCGCCGAGCUCAUUAACAGGAGCCCCGUGUCCGUCCCCGCCACGGCGCCGCUGGAGUACGCCGUGGAGAUGUUUGACAAGCUGGGCGUCCGGUACCUGAUUGUGGUGGAGGAGGAAACGGCAAAGGUGGUGGGCGUGGCUCUCAAGAAGCGGCUCCUAAGACUUUUAGACGAAUGAGUACGGAAGCAAGUCACGUAUCGCAAUAGAAAUAGAAUGCAUUCGCCCACAACUGCGGGCGUGUUCGUACAUAAAGAGCGUUUAGUGGGCAACGCCACUGAGUGG